GGAAUAAAUAAAACUCGACUCAAAAACCCUAAAACCAUUUUCUAUCACUAUAUAUAUAAUCACAAAACCCUUUCUUUCUCUUCCUCUCACGCUUCUCAUUAUCAUUCUCUAAACCCUAGCACCCGCACCCUUGCAUACUCAUUAACUUAUCUCUCUCUUCAAUGGAGUUCUGGGGUGCUGAGGUUAAGGUUGGUGAAUCUGUCAAAGUUGAUCCACAAGAAUUUGAAGCUUGCAUUCACCUUUCACAGGCUGCACUUGGUGAAUCUAAGAAAGACAAAGCUAAUGAGCCUGUUGUUAUUUACUUGAAAGUUGGUGACCAGAAGCUUGUUUUGGGAACCCUCAACAGAGAGAAAAUUCCUCAGACUACUCUUGAGUUGGUUCUGGACAAGGAAUUUGAGCUUUCUCACAGCUCUAAAACAUCCAGUGUCCAUUUCUGUGGAUACAAAGCUUAUUACCCUGACAAUGAAUAUAGUGAUGAAGAUGACUUUUCUGAUAGCGAUGAGGAGGAAAUUCCUUUGGCUCAACCCAUAGAGAAUGGGAAACCAGAAGUGAAGGUUGAGAACCAGAAAGUUUCUGAAGCUAAGAAAGCACCUGCUAAGAGUGGUGUACAUGCCAAGCCUGAACCACCUGCUAAGAGUGGUACAUCUGCAAAACAAGUGAAGGUUGUUGAUCCAAAGGAGGAGAAAGAUGAUGAAUCUGAUGAUGAAUCAGAUGAUGAACUUGAUAGCUCUGAUGAAGAGUUGGAUGAUGCUGAUAGUGAAGAUGAGGAUGAGAGUGAUGAAGAAGAGGAUGAAGAGACUCCUGUCAAGAAGGUGGACCAGGGGAAGAAGAGGGCCAAUGAAUCUGCUUCCAAAACCCCAGUUCCUUCCAAGAAAUCAAAAAAUGCCACUCCUGAGAAGACUGAUGGUAAGAAAGCUGGGCAUACAGCAACCCCUCACCCCAAGAAAGCUGGAAAGACUCCAAACAGUGAUGCCAAAUCUCCCAAGUCUGGAGGACAUCUCUCUUGCAGUAGCUGCAGCAAGACAUUCAACUCUGAAACAGGAUUAACUCAGCACACCAAAGCAAAGCAUGGUGCUCAGUAAUUGUUUUUUGAAUGUAUUAUGUUGAGUAUCUUAAGGACGAUUGGUAGCUAGCUGUCCUUGCUUUUUUGAUCCUAUUGAACCUGAGAAAAGUUUGUAUGGUGCGAUGUUUAUGAAAUUGAAAUUGUUUGCUGAA